AGGGCUGUGCGUCCAUCCAUCCAAGAUGCUGUGGCUGCUGUUGCUGACCCUCCCCUGCCUGGGGGCCUCUGUGCCCGAACUCCCAGCGCCUGCCCCUGAGAGGGAGUUGGUGGGCAUUGUGGGAGGCCACAGCGCCCCCCAGGGCAAGUGGCCGUGGCAGGUCAGCCUGAGAGUCUACGUUUACCACUGGGCCUCCUGGGUGCACAUCUGCGGGGGGUCCCUCAUCCACCCCCGGUGGGUGCUGACCGCCGCCCACUGCAUCUCCCGGAAGGACGCCGACCCGUCAGCCUACCGCAUCCACGCCGGGGACGUGUAUCUGUACGGGGGGAGGACGCUGCUCAAUGUGAGCCGCGUCGUCGUGCACCCCGACUACAUCUCUGCCUUCCUGGGGUUUGACCUGGCCCUGCUGAAGCUGGCCAGCCCCGUGAGGACGUCCCGAAGGCUGCGGCCAGUCACGCUGCCCCUGCAGUCCCUGGACUUCGGCCCGGAGGACGAGUGCUGGCUGUCGGGCUGGGGCCGGGUCUUCUACUACGAGCCACUGCGCCCCCCCUACCGCCUGCAGCACGUGCAAAUCCCCCUGGAAGAGGAGAGAGCCUGCGAGCAAAGUUACAGGAAGUUCCUGCACGCCAGAGCCAAUGGGAGGGUCAUCCCAGAGGACAUGCUGUGUGCCGGCACGCUGGGCCGUGGCCCCUGCAUGGGGGAUUCCGGGGGCCCCCUGGUGUGCAAGAAGACAGGCACCUGGGUCCAGGUGGGCGUGGUCAGCUGGGGCAUCGGCUGCUCCAUGUACGAGCUGCCCGCCGUCUUCACGAACGUCCAGAUGCACGUGGACUGGAUCCGGCAGCAGCUGCGGAGGCGCCGGUGAGCCCCGGGCCUCGGCCAGGCUGCAGGGCAGCGGAGGAGGCGCCUCCCAUCCCCAGAGCCCAGGGGAUGUCCCCGAGCUACUGCC